AUGACCGUCUCCUCGAACCAAGAAACCAGAACUGAUCGGUUGGUCCAAUGGGCCGCCAACCUGAAAUAUAAUGACAUUCCAGGCGAUGUGAUCCAACGCACCAAGGACUUCUUUCUGGAUACGUUGGGCUGCACUAUAGCUGGUCGUAGCCACCCUGCUGUUUCCGCGAUGGUGCGCUUCGCAACCCAAAUGGGCCCUUCGAGUGGGAAGAGUGAAUUGAUCGAUGGCUCCCAAUCUCUCACUACUAGCCCAGCAUUUGCUAGUCUGAUCAAUGCUGCUGCCUCUCACGUGGUCGAGCAGGAUGAUCUUCACAAUCGAAGCAUCAUGCAUCCUGCAACUGUCAUUUUCCCGGCUGCUCUUGCGGUAGCACAGGAUAUUGGAGCAAGCGGAGAAGAUUUUCUUACCGCUUGCGUGGUUGGCUACGAAGUCGGUUGCCGCGUUGGUGAAUAUCUAGGCAAGAGCCACUAUGAGAAAUUCCAUACUACCGCGACAGGUGGAGUCAUUGGAGUUGCAGCGGCAGUAGCCCAUCUUUUGAAACUUGAUGCAAAACAGACCUCAUCAGCAGUCGGAACAGCUGGAACCCAAGCUGCAGGCUUAUGGCAAUUCUUGAUGGAUGCAGCCCACUCGAAGCAAGUGCACACAGCCAAAGCCUGUUUCGACGGCAUCUUCGCUGCCUACUCUGCUCGCGAUGGCCUUCUCGGUCCACGAGAUAUCCUAGAAGGGCCACGUGCAAUGGGUGCUGCACUAGUGCCCGGUGAAACAUACCCAGAAGCAAUUGACCAAAACCUGGGUAAAGAAUUCGCCGUCAUUCGCUCGAGCUUCAAGUGGCAUGCAUCCUGCCGACACACCCAUCCUAGUGUGGAUGCACUCUUGAAUCUGAUGGACAAGAACCAAGUUUCAUUCGACGAUAUCGACUCAGUUCUUGUUCCCACAUACCAGGCCGCUAUUAAUGUACUUAGCCUCAGUGGAAAUGGCGAUACAGUUCAUCAAAGCAAGUUUUCAAUGGGCUUUGUACUUGCCAUCGCGGCAAAGAAGGGUCAAGCUAUGAUUACCGACUUUACUGAAGCUGAUCUAGAGGAUGCUUCUUUGCGUAAAUUCCAGAGUCGAGUGAAGAUGGAAUAUAACGCAGAGAUUGAUGCUCAGUUCCCUGAGAGGUGGCAGGGAACUGACAUCGUUACGUGCAAAUCUGGCAAGACUUUCACAGAGUCAGUCACAUUUGCAAAGGGCGAUCCGGAGCUUCCUUUGACAAGGCCCGAAAUUGAAUCGAAAACGCAUGCGCUUGCCAAAUAUGGUGGUAUCACAGAUACGGACAGGAUCGACUCGUUAAUCAAGAGAGCAUGGAAUUUGGAGCAUGAAACAGAUUUGAGAGGAUUUGUUUUCUAA